AUGCCACCACAGCGGCCACCAUCGUCGCCCACUUCGCUGUUGUGGGCGCAUCAGCUCAAGCGAGAGCAUGGCUAUCUUCUGGAUCGCAUGAAAAAGCUGGAAGCUGCGAUCACCGACGUCGAAGCUCAGACAACGGCGGCGGCGGGCGCAGCUCGUUCGGACGAUGUUGCUAUUAUCGCGAAGAAGGUUCAACAGCUCACCGAUGAUGGCGGGCAUGCAGCCAUGGAGAAAAUUCGGGGAGAAGUGACGGAGCGGUUCGAAGAUGUAGGUGCGGAGAUCGAGGCCGUCACUCUCCAGAUCUCGUCUCUUGAGCGCGAUCAUGGGGUUCUGAAAGAGGAGGGGAGGCGUGCAGUGGAGACUGAAAAGGCUCUGCUGAAGCGCAUCCAUGAUGUGGAGGGAAGUAUGAGGGAGUAUGAGAGGGGUGUGCUGAAGUUGGGCAGAAAAAUCGACGAACAGGCGAUCGGAAAGAUUCGGGAGAUGCUAGAGGGACUGAGUGAGGAUGUCAAGAAUGAUAAGGUUGGCCUGGAACUUGCGCAAGCAAGUCUGGAGAAACUUGAUGAAGCGGGCAAGCUCCCGAGGGAAGGCAAUGACAGACUGGCUGAGCAGGUGAAGGAGCUGGCCGAGAGACCUAUCCCGACUCCCGCCCCUGUUAUUGUCGCUCCUCCGGCUGCUCUCCUCGAAGAGCCAGAGGAGGACAAAGCAGAUUCACCUCAAGCUCCAAUGCAAGUGCCAGCCCCGAAGCCAAAGACGACGAGAAAGGCAGUCAUCAAAGCCGCACCGAAAGCCAAGCGCAAGCCGGCUCUGAGGGGAGCUGCUGCGGAUACUCAGCUAGCAUCUACAAGAGCAGCUGCCGCUAUCAAGGACCCUAUUCCCGAGACCCAGGAGCCUUUGAUAGAUGCAAGGCUGAAAGCUCCAGUAGUGCGUCGUGGAAAAGGAUGGGUCGAAAUAGAGGAAGCGGCGAGCGAGGACGAGAAUGAGCCUGUCCCCAGUCUCGUCACCGAACCCGCUAAGCGUCGCGGACGUCCUGUCAGAGUUGCAGCGCCUUCAGUCAAAGAGACAGCGUUACCGGCUGUGGCACCUGUCAAACGCGGCCCUGGUCGUCCGAGGAAGGACGCUGCGAAAGCAGACCCUCCACCCCGCCGAGCCAUAGUGCAGCCCGAUGAGCAUGAUACGAGCACAUUCACCACCCCGCCAGUAAAGCGAGGUCCUGGUCGUCCAAGGAAGAAUGCCCAACAAGUGGCUCCUGCGCCCCGACGGAGAUUCAUACAGCCAGACGAGACCCAGCCAGUGGCGCACAAGUCCCACUCUAAGCGUCCUCUCGACCUCGAGGAUGAUCAAGCGGCCACUGAAGUGUUGCAGGCUGGUGGCCUACGAAAGACGAGCGGAGGCACGCCUGAGCCUCCACCCGCGAAAAAAUCCCGCAGAGGUUUGACUGGAAUCUUCACAUCGCCUCUAUCGUCCUCGACGUCACCCGCUACCAAGAUUUUGGAGUCCAAGCCUGAAGCAAGCAGGCCAGGCCAGGUGUUCCAAUCCGAGACCAGCCAGCCUGACACCAUUCGAGUGCAGCCACCGAAGCGUCGAACGAUUGUGCAGCCCGACGACGAGACGAUUCUGCGGAACUAUCAGGCAGAACUGGCUCGUGAAAAGCGAUGA